AUGGAUCCUUUUACAAUGGAAUCUGAGAAACGUUUUAGAUUACAACUAUUGCUAAGAGAUAUACGCCAAAGUUCAAAUGGUCUUAAAAUUGUUUUAGCUGGAUUCUUAUCAAACUUUAUAGUAUUUGGUAUUGCAUUCUCUUUUGGUGUUUUCCAAGAAUAUUAUACUACAAAAAAUGGCCCUUUAUCAAAUUAUGAUGAUUCUGCAGUUGCAAUGAUUGGUACUGCUGCUUCGUCAUUGACAUAUAUGGGUGGUAUUUUCAAUAAGACAUUACUUUUUUAUUUCACAACAAGAACUGUUAUGGUUUCAGGUGGUAUAAUGAUGGGAUUAGGUUUAAUAUUGGGUGGAUUUUGUCAUUCAAUGUAUCAAUUUGUACUGUCACAAGGGGUCCUGUAUGGUAUAGGAUCAAGUUUCCUAUAUAUGCCACCUGUUGUUUGUGCUCCAAUGUUUUUCAAUAAAAAUAGAGCUAUUGCAAUGGGAGUUCUUUUCAGUGGUUCCGGGUUUGGUGGGUUAGCUAUGGCAACUUUAUCAAGAUAUCUUAUAACAAAAUUCGGUUGGCAAUGGUGUUUAAGAAUAGAAGGUUUCAUGUCAUUGGGGGUUUGUUUAAUUGCAGCUUUCUUGGUUGAAAUACCUCAAAAUGUUAGUAAUCAAUUUCAAUUUAAUAGUAGAAAAAUUUUAACUUUAUCACAAUUAAAAUCAUGGAAAGUUUGGAUGCAAUUAGCAGCUUCUUUAUUACAAUCUGCAGGAUAUUUAAUUCCAUUAAUUUUCAUGUCAAAAUAUGGUAAAACAUUGGGUUUUACUGAUAAUCAAGGUGCUAUAUUUAUUGGAUUGAAUAAUGUAAUUAAUGCUAUAUUUAAAAUAAUUUUAGGUUUUGUUGCAGAUAAAGUUGGUCGUCUUAAUAUGAUUGUUUUUUGCAGUGUUGUUAGUACAAUCACUAUACUUACAUUAUGGUUAAUAGCCUCUAGAGAAACAUUUAUUUCAUUUGUUAUUUUAUAUGGUGUAUUCUCUGGUGCUAUAAUUUCUUUAUUACCAACAUGUCUUGUGGAAUUAUUUGGUGCAGAGAAUUAUCAAUCAAUGAGUGGAUUAAUGUAUUUUAGUAGAGGUGUGGGUACAUUGUUAGGUUCACCAUUAGCUGGAUUAUUGAUUAAAAAUUCAGGAUUAAUGAGUAAAGAUUAUAAAAGAUCAAUAAUUUAUAAUGGUGUUUUAUUAUUUACAAGUACUCUCUGUUUAGUGGUUCUCAAGUUUCAAGAUAAAAUAAGAAACUUGAAUUAA